CAAAUUCAUCCCAGCGGGCUCCUUUAGAAUUGAUGUCAAACCAGAGUCGUCCAACCCUGGGAACCUGGAUGUUGUUGCAUUCCUAACGCUUGAGAAAAGUGUUGUGGCAGUCAUAUUUAACAGGUCUGAUAAAGACAUUGAUGUCUCCCUUCAUGACCCAGAGGUUGGCUAUAUGAAUCUGACGUCACCCAGUCAUUCCAUCAUGACUGCGGUAUGGUGGACUGGUGUAACAGUUCCAGGGUAAGCAGCAUGAUGGUGGGGAGUGGGCGUGUCCUUGUGCUGUGUGCUGCGGUGGCUGUAUGCCUGGUUCAGCACCUGCAGCCAGCAACUGCAGAGCGGAAGCCAUGCAUAGCCAAAGAUUUCCAACAUGGUGGUUUUGUGUGUGUCUGUAAUGCCACCUACUGCGACACCAUGGAGCCCAAUACCAAACUACCUAAAGGCCAGGCUGCCAUGUACGUGUCCACCCCAAGUGGCAAGAGGUUUGAGAAGAUUGUCCUCAACUUCACUGCCAAGUCUAACGACUCUGGUGACUACGACGUUUGGACCGUGAUGAAGAACAUAACAUACCAGAAGAUCAAGGGAUUUGGCGGUGCCUUCACUGAUGCUGCGACUAUGAACAUCUUGAGUCUAUCUGAGGGCGCACAGAAGAACCUCAUCUCUGCUUACUUCAGUCCGACUGAAGGUAUCGAGUACACACUUGGCAGGGUGCCAAUGGGAGGCUGCGAUUUCUCCACCAGGGAGUACACGUAUGACGACACACCAGACGAUUUAGAACUCACCAAGUUUGCUCUGGCUGAAGAGGAUAUGAAAUACAAGAUUCCAGUUAUCAAGAGCGCCAUGCAGAUGAGUGAGAGGAAGAUCAAUCUCUUCGGAAGUCCGUGGACAGCUCCUGCCUGGAUGAAGACCAACAACAAUGACACAGGUAAAGGUACCCUGAAGGGGAAGGCUGGAGACCCCUACCACAAGGCCUGGGCCAACUACUUUGUCAAGUUUCUAGAUGAGUACAAGAAACAGGGUGUGGACUUCUGGGGUCUGACAGCACAGAAUGAACCGACAGAUGGAGAAAUCACUCACUUCCCAUUCCAGUCCAUGGGAUGGACAGCAGAGUCCCAGCGAGACUGGAUCUCCAGUGACCUGGGUCCUGCCCUGGACAAGGCUGGCUACGGUAACAUCAGCCUCAUGAUCCUAGAUGACAGCCGGCUCUGGCUGCCAGGCUGGGCUACUUCGGUCCUGAACAAUGGCACAAUGGCGGCAAAGUAUGUGGAUGGUAUAGCUGUCCACUGGUACCUGGACCAGUUUGUUCCUGCUAAUGUGCUGUCCUUCACCCAUGAUGACCUGCCAGACUACUUUGUGCUGUCCACUGAGGCCUGCCAAGGCUUUUUUCCGUGGGAGGAGAAGGUUCUGCUGGGCAACUGGAACCGGGCGGUAGAGUACAGCACAGAUAUUCAUCAGAACUUGAAACACUGGGUGGUCGGCUGGACAGACUGGAACCUGGCCUUGAACAUGACAGGGGGACCCAACUGGGCUAACAAUGAAGUGGAUGCCGCCAUCAUUGUGGACAGCAAGAAGGACGAGUUCUACAAACAGCCGAUGUACUACAUCAUGGGGCACUUCAGCAAGUUCCUUCCAGAAGGCUCUGUUCGUGUGGAGGUAAAAGGGCCAUAUGAGGAUGAUGAAGACCGAUGGAUGAUGGCUUUCAGCUUACCAGAUGGGUCAAUGGUAGCCAUUAUGUACGGUGAGUUUUAUGAUGUUCACCUCCACGACCCUGAUGUUGGGUUCAUCAACUUCCGACAGUUCGAGGAAGGCAUCACUACUGUGCAAUGGUGGCCAUGACAUUCAAACAAGAUGGCCAAGAGAAUGGGCCACAUGUGCAAGAGAAGUGGGGUGCUUAGUAUCAUUGGAGGCACUCCCCCUUGUUAUUUAGCAUGGAGCAUAUUCUUUAAUGAUAGCAAGGAUAUACAAAUGUAUGGCACAUGGACCAAGUAGGAGCCAACUUGUUUCAAAUAAAACAUUAAUCGUGUAAUAACCAAGCUUAAAAAUGCAUCUCAAGUUCAAUAAAUGUAUUGCUACAAUA